AUGGCUGCAUUCACUUACAGCUUGGACGUGGCUAAGUUUGUGGUGGCGGCAUUGGACCUGCCUCGUUGGGAAGAUGAGUCACUUAUCUACGGAGAUAAGCUCACGUUCAAUGACAUCCUAAAGCUUUAUGAAGCAAGAGGGGAGAAGUGGGCGGUUACAUACGACAGCUUUGAGAAGCUCGAAAAGGGAGAGUUCACUGAACUCCCUUCUCAUGUGCCGCUAUAUAAAAGUCGCCCGAAACAGGUACUGCAGGCCGUCCUUGCCAACUAUUCGAUUUCAGUCAUCAAAGGUUUCUGUGAUAUUUCUGAGGAUGAGAGCUUGAACAAGGUGUUUCCGGAUAUCAAAACAACCCCGGUCAAAGAUGCAAUCGAUGCGUGGUUUAAACACAAACAGACCGAGGCUGAAGUCUAA